AUGAACUUAAUUUUUGUGCAAUUAAUAUUUCUCUUCGGAGUAGUUCUGUCGGCUUGUGAUAAAUAUCAGGUGGAGUUGCUAGGCGAAGAACGAAAUGAGUUGAACGAGGGGCCACAUUGGGAUGAAAAAAACAGAAUGCUGUAUUUUGUUGAUAUACAUUCUAGUAGUUUGUUGCGAUAUAAUCCAGAGAAUAAAAAGUUCUACAGAGGAAAAUUGAAUGGAACCAAAAGUGUGGGUUUCGCAAUACCCGUGAAUGGUACAAAUAACCAGUUCGUUGUGGGCGCAGAUCUGGAUUUAUUGCUUGUGCAGUGGGAUGGAUCUUCCCCGGACAUUAAGACCGUCCGAACACUCGUCAAGAUUGACGACAGAAAAGCUGGGACAAGGUUCAACGACGCCAAAGUCGAUUUUAUGGGAAGACUCGUGGCAGGUACGAUGCUGGAUGGUCCAGGCGAGCCGAACGAUGAGAUAUUGUUGUCUCUAGGAUCGGAUUUAACGAAGCAGAUAUUGCUCGAACACGUCGGAUUAUCCAACGGAAUUGCUUGGAACAGGGAAUUGGGAAAAAUGUAUCACUGUGAUUCUACUAAACAUACAGUAACUCAAUAUGACUAUGAUGAAAAGACUGGAGUGAUAAGAAACCCAGUUGUAUUAAUAAACAUUUCUGUUAAAAAGUAUAAACUUCCAGAGAGUGCAGUACCUGAUGGAAUGACAAUAGACACUGAGGGUAUUUUAUAUAUUGCUGUGCACGGUGGAGGAAGAGUUUUACAAUUUGAUCCAAUCAAGAAGGAAAUUAUACAUGAGAUUAUGAUACCCGCACCUCAAGUGACUUCAGUGGCAUUUGGUGGCAAAGACAUGAACAUUCUAUUUGUAACAACGGCUGCUGAAGCAACAAAUGGCAAACCAGUUAAAGACAAAAAUGCUGGCAGAUUAUACACAGUUAAAGGUUUAAAAGCAAAAGGCCACAAGGCAAACAUGUUUGUUUUAGACCAUAAAUACUUAAAUUAA